AUGCAGUCCUCCCGCUUCCAGUCCAUCACCUCCCGCUUCUCUCCGAGCACACUCAGAACCACCUUCCGCCGCUCGUCAUCAGCAUCGUCCCGUGCCAGCAGCGACCGAGGCUCCUUUACUACCACGGCAUCGUCUCCCGUCAGCACAAUCAACAGCAUCGUCUUCCGUCAGCCCUCGAUGCUUGACCUCGAGGAAGAGCGCAAGAGCUUCGGAAGCGAGCUCAGCAUUCUUGAGCCACGCCCUGUUCUCUACUUUGGCAGCGUCGAGGAGCGUAUUGGAUCACUAUAA